CAGACUGGUCAGUCGUCUGGAGAAGUCCCAGGAAAGUGCUCGGCUGCCGGAUAUCCCCUUUUGGAAUCUCUGAACAGCCUCGAGAUGGCAAGCAGGCUUUUCAACUAACUGAAGUACCCGGGCGUAUUCAAACGGAAAGCAAGGGUAAAAGCGUCGUAUAUUGUGAAGGAAACUAUGUCUGCUAUGACAGGUCCUAGAUCACCUACCUCUCCGUGGCCCCAGGAGCCACCAAACCUACAACUUGCAAGCCAUCCUGCUUCGGCAACUCUCUUCUCGUUGCGUGAUUCUCAUCAGUCUCCACUCAACUCCAGCCUUAGCCCUCUCAAUACGGUCCCAGAGCGUUCGGGCCCUAACUACUUCUCUAUUAGUCUAGAGAAGCCUAGCAAUACCAAAAAGGCCGGAGAAAUUCUUUCAUAUGCUGAAUCUUCAGUUCCCAGCCCGAAACAACAAUUGUUGCCCAUGAAGACACUGCUCGAUGAUUACACAGGAUCUGGUUCAGCCGUUGACGAACGCCGGGCGUCCGCAAUUUAUAAACUCUCUUUAAACCGCGGUCUGCCAAAAAGGGAUAUGGUUUCUGAUCGGUCUGGUCCUAGUCCUUCAUCUAUAAAUGAAGCCUCUGGGAAUAGCCGUACGAUUGUAGUUUUGCGUUGUGCCGAGCUACUCGAGUCAUCGCCAAAUGAUGUUAUGCUGUUGGAUGUGCGGCCGUAUGCGCACUUUGCAAAAGGAAGUAUCAAAGGAUCGUUGAACCUUUGUAUACCAACAACUCUAUUGAAGCGUCCUUCAUUUGAUACACAGAAGUUGGCGAACACUUUUACAAACGAGAUCGACAAGUUGAACUUUGCGAGAUGGAGACAUUGCCGUUAUAUCAUUGUCUAUGAUGCAGGUACUUCCGACAUGAAAGACGCGGGGGCUCUAGCCAACGUACUGAAGAAGUUCAUAGCCGAGGGAUGGGAUGGCGAGGCACUGAUUCUUCAAGGUGGCUUCAGCUCUUUUUCGAACCGAUUUCCUUCCCUCGUCCAACGGCAGCCUCCGCCUGUAAGAUCGUCAAAAAAGCCAACUUCAAUGCACAUCGACCUGCCAUCCGCUGCUCCGAUUGCUGGAGGCUGUGCUUUGCCUGAUACUUCGCAGCCUACGAUUCCAUUCUUUGGGAACAUCCGGCAGCACAUGGAUCUCCUCGGUGGUGUCGGGCAGAUUCCGCUCCAGUUACCCAAGAAUUUGACAGAGUCAACGCGACAGUCACUGCCCUCUUGGCUGCGUAAAGCGACGGAUUUUGCAGACCAAGGUCGUGACGUUUCAGAGAAAUUCCUAGAUCUUGAGAAGAAGGAACUAGAACGCAUGAAACAAGCUUUGACUUAUGAUAAAUCGUCCGGCAAUUCAAUUGGGGAUUUUCCAGAGAAAUACCGUGUUGCAGGCAUCGAAAAGGGCACCAAAAAUAGAUAUAACGACAUUUAUCCAUUCGAUCAUUCCAGAGUAAAGUUGCAGGAUGUGCCACCCGGUGGCUGUGAUUACGUGAACGCAAAUUACAUGAAAGCAGAGCAUAGCAAUAAAUGCUACAUAGCUACCCAGGCUCCUGUGCCUGAUACGUUCAAUGAUUUCUGGCGUGUGAUUUGGGAACAAGAUGUCAGGCUCGUCGUUUCUCUAACUGCAGAGGUUGAAAGAGGCCAAAUAAAAUGCCACCCAUAUUGGGAGUCUGGAAAGUAUGGGCCAAUUCAGGUCAACAACUUCUCCCAGAAACAAAUCUAUAUGGAUUCACUGGAUUCGCAGCAUGUUGUCUCUAACCCCACUGGUCCUCCGUUUGAAUCAAGCGGAGAUUCCGGCAAGCCAUACAUUAUAGUGCGACACUUUGCUUUAUCGCAUUCCGCUUUCCCAUUCCAACCACUGCGUGAAGUUACGCAGUUGCAAUAUCCAUAUUGGCCAGACUUUGGCACCACCUCACAGCCGGCUCAUCUCCUGAGGUUGAUUGAACAGUGUGAUAAAGUCAGAAGUGCGACUCCCAGUCGUGACGUAGGGGCAACCGAACAGCGGCCAGUUUUGGUCCACUGCAGUGCGGGAUGUGGCCGUACAGGGACCUUCUGUACCGUUGAUAGCGUGCUGGACAUGCUAAAGCGGGGACCGGCAGACUUUACAACACGUCUGCAGAACUCCGAACCGGUUGGAACUUCUUACCGCGAUUGCAUACUCGAUGAAAACCUGGAUCUCAUUGCAAAAACCGUAGCUGACUUCCGUACGCAAAGACCUAGUAUGGUCCAAAAUCUUAGUCAGUUUGUCCUGUGUUACGAGAGCGUUCUGGAGUGGUUUGUUUCUCGGACGGAGGAUGAACGCUUGGGGCAGUUAUAAAGCUGGUCGCUAGACUCGAAGUCGAAUAGAGCCUUGGCUUGUCGGCACGGUUCUGUCAUUUUUGCCUUUUUCUUGAGCAUAUAUACUUGUCUACUCCCUCUUGAUAUAUGGUGUGUAUACUUAGACGCAUUUCCUGGUGUUUAGUGG